GGUAUCGAAACAAAAGUAUCUGAAAAUCCCUAGCUACUCAUGCCAGUGAUGGAGCAAGAGCAUCUAGACAGGAUUUUAUUUGGAAUUUUCAGAGAGCAUAAAACGAUCUACGAAUUUGUUGAUACAAUUUUUGGAUUCCUAACACGCAAUACUAAUUUUCAGUCAAUAAAGUCUUCAGAAAGAGAACGGCUUCAACAAACUUUUUUUGAUGCAUUGGCGGCCACCGAUCCCAAUCAGCAAUCUUCAGAUAGGUCGGAAAAUACCAUUACGGGAAAAUCACGAACUGCUACGUCAGAGAAGGAAAUCGAAACGGAAACGGCCGUUGAUGGAUCGAAGUUUGAGUUGAAAUAUUUAAUAACUGGUACAGAAACUUCUUCGGAAGGUCAAAUGGUGUUUAAUUCAGAUCAUUUAAUGUCCGAUGCGGAAUGCUCUUUUAAUUUGCAAAUACAAAAGAGCGGCACGGGUAUUAGAAGAUAUCGUAAAAUUUUACCUAAAGAUUACUUCGACCAGAGCGAGAAGAUAAGUGCAGAAUGCUCAGUUAUUCAACGUGAUAAUUUAGAAAACUACAAGAAACGUGUUUAUAAAUGUGGUGAAUGCUCGGACAUAUUUAAUUCUUUUCGCCAGCUCAAAGUCCACGAAGCCUUUCACAUAUCUCAAGCAGAGAAUGGCAUUAGUAUUUGUAUAUAUUGCUGCAGUUUGUUUGCCAACGCUGAAACAUUAGAGAAGCACAUUGGUGAAUGUCAUUCUAAUGGGCGAUACUUAUGUGUCCCGUGCUCCAGAACAUACAAAAGCCGUGGGCAAUUACUUAAACAUGUAAAUUCCAGUGCACACAACGCCAGUGCACUAUUAUACUAUUGCAGUCUGUGUCCCCGGUCUGAGAAGUCACAUAUAGAGUUUCUUUCGCGACCAGCAUUACAACAACACUAUCAAGAAAUGCAUUUGCUUAUGCCGGCAAAUCAGGAUGAAGACGACGUCGAAAUUGAAAUGAAUGAAGAAUUUCUUGAUGAGUUUCUUCUGAAUAAUGUUAAUGAGAACUCUUUUAAUUUUUCUGAAUGCUGGGAUGCAUUAGACUUGAACCUUCCAGAGAUGUUACAUUUGACUAGUACCGAUGAAGAUGACCCUAAUGCUAAGGUUAACAUUGUUCAGAACACGGAAUUCCCUUUCAAAUGUCCAAAAUGCUAUGAAGGCUUGUCGAGUCAGAAGUUUCUUUUACAACACUGUGCCCACAAACACGGACUACGGGUAUUAAUUUGCAAUAAAUGCGAUUCUAGUUUCAAGGAUUAUACUCAGUGGAUACAUCAUAAAAGAACACAUCGCGUUCAAUGUGAUUUAGUACGAAACGGUAAAGGUGAACCACUAAAAUGCGAAAUAUGCGAUAAAAUCUUUCAAAGCAAUGCCGCACUUAACUAUCAUGUAAAGACGCAUUUGCGCAGUUCCAUGCAGGCUGCACACGAAUGCCCAUAUUGUCAGAAACAUUUUCAUUCCGAUAUCAAUUUCAAGCAGCAUAUUCGCAUCGUUCAUUCGCAUACAAAGCGACACAAAUGUGAGCUUUGCGACAAACCAUUUGCAACACUUGAUCAUCUAAAGAAACAUGUUUUGAGCCAACAUCAAAAUGAGCGCAAACAUAUUUGCCAGGUAUGUGCUAAAUCUUUUACUCAAUUGUGCCACCUUAAACAACAUCUGGCAAUACAUACUACAGGAAAGUCACAACAGUGCAUUAAAUGCACUGAGAAAUUUUGGCGCAAGAUCGAUUUGCAACGACACAUGCUGAAAAAGCAUUCAUGAGAAUCUUCAAUAAUCUC